GGCCCGAGUGGCUCCCGCUGCUUGAGAAGAUGAGGGUCCUUUUUCCAGGCCCCCCAUAACCUCACUUCCCUGCCCACACCUGUCACUUGGCCAUCUCCUCUCCCUCACUCCUGAGCCAACUCCAGCUGGUGGUCACUUCUCUUGAGUCUUGGACACCUCAGCAUGUCCUCCCUGCACUGCUUCCUGUCACCUGACCUGUGGCCGGCCUGAAUUUUAUUCCUCUCCCGUGCACCAUGACUGAGGCCUGCAGGGACAGCACCAGCAGCCUACAGCGUAAGAAACCGCCCUGGCUGAAGCUCGACAUCCCAGCUGCAGCGGCCCCGGCCACGGAGGAGGCCAGCUUUCUGCAGCCCCUGAGACGCCAGGUUUUCCUCCGGAGUGUCAGCAUGCCUGCCGAGACGGCCCGAGUGCCCUCGCCCCACCCGGAGCCCCGGAGGCCUGUGCUGCAGCGUCAGGCUUCUAUCACACAGACCAUCCGCAGCAACCGACAGGUUCGCUUUGAGCAUGUCCACACGCUACCUGUGUGGGGCCCCCGGGGUGCCCGCAGGGCCCUCCCGCAGCGCCGGUCUCUCUCCCGGUCCCUGCUCAGGGGCACUGCCGACUGGUUCGGCGUGAGCAAGGACAGUGACAGCACACAGAAAUGGCAGCGGAAGAGCAUCCGACACUGCAGCCAGCGCUAUGGGAAGCUGAAACCACAGGUCAUCCGGGAGCUGGACCUGCCCAGCCAGGACAAUGUCUCCAUGACCAGCACCGAGACGCCUCCCCCACUGUAUGUCGGGCCGUCCCAGCUGGGCAUGCAGAAGAUCAUCGACCCCUUGGCACGCGGACGGGCUUUCCGCCUGGCGGAUGACACCUGCGACGGCUUGAGUGCGCCUCACACACCUAUCACGCCAGGCGCAGCCUCCCUUUGCUCCUUCUCCAGUUCCCGCUCCGGCUUCAACCGGUUCCCUCGGCGGCGGAAGCGAGAGUCUGUGGCCAAGAUGAGCUUUCGGGCUGCCGCUGCGCUGGUGAAGGGCCGCUCGGUUCGCGACGGCGCAGGGCGCAGGGCCCAGCGCCGCAGCUUCACCCCGGCCAGCUUCUUGGAGGAGGACACGGUGGACUUCCCUGAUGAGCUGGAUACGUCCUUCUUCGCCAGGGAAGGAGUCCUCCACGAGGAACUGUCCACCUACCCGGAUGAGGUUUUCGAGUCCCCGUCCGAGGCGGCGCUCAAGGAGUGGGACAAGGCCCCCGAGCAGGCCGACCUCACGGGUGGGGCCCUGGACCGCAGCGAGCUCGAACGCAGCCAUCUGAUGCUGCCCCUGGAACGAGGCUGGCGGAAGCAGAAGGAGGGCGGCCUGGCGGCCCAGCAGCCCAAAGUCCGGCUGCGGCAGGAGGUGGUCAGUGCGGCAGGUCCGCGGCGCGGCCAGCGUAUUGCGGUGCCAGUGCGCAAGCUCUUUGCCCGAGAGAAGCGGCCGUACGGGCUGGGCAUGGUGGGCCGCCUCACCAACCGCACGUACCGCAAGCGCAUCGACAGCUACGUCAAGCGGCAGAUCGAGGACAUGGAUGACCACAGGCCCUUCUUCACCUACUGGCUUACGUUCGUGCACUCGCUCAUCACCAUCCUGGCCGUCUGCAUCUAUGGCAUCGCGCCUGUGGGCUUCUCACAGCACGAAACAGUGGACUCGGUGCUGCGGAACCGCGGCGUCUAUGAGAACGUCAAGUACGUGCAGCAGGAGAACUUCUGGAUUGGACCUAGCUCGGAGGCUCUCAUCCACCUGGGUGCCAAGUUCUCCCCCUGCAUGCGCCAGGACCCGCAGGUGCACAGCCUCAUCCGCACGGCACGCGAGCGCGAGAGGCACUCGGCCUGCUGCGUGCGCAACGACCGCUCGGGCUGCGUGCAGACCUCGGAGGAGGAGUGCUCGUCCACCCUGGCUGUUUGGGUUAAGUGGCCUGUCCACCCCAGUGCCCCAGACCUUGAUGGCCGCAAGAGGCAGUUUGGUUCCGUCUGCCACCAGGACCCCAGGGUGUGUGAUGAGCCCUCUUCCGAGGACCCUCAUGAGUGGCCUGAUGACAUCACCAAGUGGCCGAUCUGCACGAAAAGCAGUGCCGGGAACCACACCAACCACCCCCACAUGGACUGUGUCAUCACCGGCCGCCCCUGUUGCAUCGGCACCAAGGGCAGGUGUGAGAUCACCUCCCGGGAGUACUGUGACUUCAUGAGGGGUUACUUUCAUGAAGAGGCCACCCUCUGCUCACAGGUGCACUGCAUGGAUGAUGUUUGUGGGCUCCUGCCCUUCCUCAACCCCGAGGUCCCUGACCAGUUCUACCGCCUGUGGCUGUCGCUCUUCUUGCACGCAGGGGUCCUGCACUGCCUGGUGUCCGUGUGCUUCCAGAUGACCAUCCUGCGGGACCUGGAGAAGCUGGCUGGCUGGCAUCGCAUCUCCAUCAUCUACCUGCUGAGCGGCAUCACUGGGAACCUGGCCAGCGCCAUCUUCCUGCCGUACCGGGCUGAGCCACCUUCUAACGAGUCUCUGGACAACCGCCUCAUGUGGCCAGUAAACCGACGGGAGCGUUUUAGCUGCCAGUAA